AUGUGUGGCAAAAACGGUUGCGAACUAAAACACCACGAGCUGCUACACAAUGAUCUGAAACACACGACAUCGCCUCAGGCAGUCUCUUCGAAUUCUUGUGAUCAAAUUUCUCCAACUAAGCGUGACGAUCUUCCCAAAUCAAACUCUAGUACAUCGGAACAUGGAUGUCACACUCAUCAGGUUUCAUCUAACAACGCUUUAUUCCGCUAUUUACCGGUAGUGCUUCAUGGAAAGCAACGUUCAGUUCAAACAUUUGCGUUUCUUGAUGACGGAUCGGAGCUUACACUACUUGAUAGCGAUUUGGCAGAUGACUUACAACUUGAAGGAAAUAUAGAACCCUUGUGUUUACGUUGGACAGGAGGAGCUACACGCCGUGAGGAACGUUCAAGGAGUGUCCGACUGGAAGUAGCCUCCAAACAUGAGCCGUUUAGGAGGUAUAGUUUACACGGUGUACGCACAGUUAAAGAACUGCUUCUUCCCCCGCAAACUAUGAAUAUAGAAGAGCUAACUACGCGGUACCCACAUCUCAGUGGCCUGCCAAUUGCUUCGUACCGAGACAUUCGUCCAAGGAUUUUGAUUGGAAUCAAGCAUCAACAUUUGAGUUUAGUACGAAAGAGUCGUGAAGGAACUCCACAUCAGCCAGUAGCCGUUAAAACCCGGUUAGGGUGGACUGUGUGCGGAGGGGGCAAUUCAGACGAAGCUUCAAGCCUCGUACAUUCCGUAUUCCAUGUGUGUUCUUGUAAAUCAUCAACGGAUGAAGAUCUCCACAAAGCGAUGAAAGAAUAUUUCACAAUCGAUGGUCUUGGUGUUACUCAGCCGAAAAGAAUUCUUCUCUCUGCAGAGGACGAGCGAGCACGAUCAUUGCUUCAAACUUGUACCGUAUUCAAAGGAGAUCGUUAUGAAACUGGCCUGUUGUGGCGCUAUGGAAACGUUCGUUUGCCAGACAGCUAUCCUAUGGCUCUACGGCGGCUGCAAUGCCUGAAAAAACGGAUGGAUAAGGAUCCAGAACUGGCUGAAACUCUGAAUCAAAAAAUCACCGACCUUGUUACAAAGGGAUACGCGAGAAAACUUACGGAGCAAGAACUAAAUCAAGCUUUCCCGCGAGUCUGGUAUUUGCCAAUAUUCCCGGUGACUAAUAUCCACAAACCUGGGAAAAUCCGUAUGGUAUGGGACGCGGCUGCAGCAGCCUACGGAGUAACACUGAACUCGGUUCUAUUGAAAGGGCCUGAUUUGCUCUGUGAUCUGUUCAACAUACUGAUCCGAUUUCGGGAAGGCAAGAUCGCGCUGACCGGAGACGUACGUGAAAUGUUUUUGCAAGUUCUUAUACGAGCUGAAGAUCAGCAAUGUCAGCGUUUCCUCUGGUACGACGAUAACGGUGAAGUAGUUGUUUACAUCCUAAAGGUCAUGACGUUCGGAGCGUGUUGCUCCCCUAGUACGGCGCAUUUUAUAAAAAAUUUAAACGCCGAUCGAUUCAUAGCGAAGUUUCCAGAUGCUGUUGAAGUGAUCCAGAAACGCCACUACGUCGACGAUAUGCUGGUUAGUGUUGCGACGCAUCAGCAAGCAAUUGAACUCGCUAAACAGGUAAAGCAAAUACAUGCCGAUGGCGGAUUCGAGAUCCGUAACUGGAUAAGCAACUCCGAACAGGUUACUAAGGCGUUACAAGAGAAACGGACGGAGGAGAAGAGCCUUGACCUCUCUCCUGAAUUUUCUACAGAAAAGGUUCUCGGCAUGUGGUGGUGUACUUCUUCGGAUACAUUCACGUAUAAGAUUGGUUGGAAUCGUUAUGGUCGUGCUCUGCUAGAAGGUGAAAUUCAUCCAACAAAAAGGGAUAUGCUGCGUGUCCUGAUGUCUAUUUUCGAUCCUCUUGGACUGAUCGCACAUUUUCUCAUGUACUUAAAAGUCAUCCUCCAAGAUGUUUGGCGUGCCGGAAUUGAUUGGGACGACCGAAUCGACAACACACUGUUCGAAAAGUGGCAGAAAUGGCUUCAAGUGCUUCCAAGAGUCGAAGAAAUUAGUAUUCCUCGGUGCUACUUCAGCCACACAGAUGCUGUUGGCGAAAAUAUUCAACUCCACACGUUCGUAGAUGCUGGCGACAAUGGCAUGGCAGCAGCGUGUUAUUUGCGCGUCGUUCAAGACGGCAUUGUUGAGUGUAGACUAGUUGCCGCGAAAACUAGAGUCGCUCCAUUAAAGUAUAUGUCAACGCCCAAACUUGAGCUCCAAGCAGCGUUAGUGGGCGCGCGACUAUCUCGAUCAGUUUCCGAAGCUCUUGUUAUCAAAUUCUCUCGAAAAAUAUUUUGGUCAGACUCACAGGACGUACUAUGUUGGAUCAAGUCGGAUCACCGCCGUUAUUCGCAGUUUGUGGCAUUCCGAGUUAGCGAAAUACUGGAGACGACAGAGAUGAGCGAAUGGAGAUACGUUCCUACCGAUUUAAACGUAGCAGACGAUGGGACUAAAUGGAAAGGGGUUCCUGAUUUAACUUCAAAGGCAAGAUGGUUUAACGGCCCUAAAUUUCUUUAUCAAUCAGACGAAUGUUGGCCAGUUGCGUGUAAGAACUCGUUGGCUACAGAGCUAGAACUACGUCCGAGCGUAUUAGUUCACUCCGUCGCAGCAGUGCCCGCGGUAUGCAUUACCGACUUUUCUUCUUGGAACCGGUUAGUUAAUGUCGUUGCUCUGGUACGUAGAUUUGUGAACAAUUGCAAACUAAAACUCCAGAAAAGUUCAAUCGUGGUUGGGCCGCUUUCAAGCCAAGAAAUAUCCUCCUCAACUCAUUAUUUAAUCCGUCAAGCGCAGCAGGAGGCCUAUCAAGACGAAAUUACCGUCUUAAAACAAUCACAACAUGAUCUAGAGCAUUCUACAGCGCGGAUUCAUACUACAAGUUCAAUUUAUAAGAAAUCACCGUGGAUAGACCAGAAUUCGAUUUUGAGAAUGCGAGGCCGCAUCGCCGCCUGUGACUACGCUACAGAGGAUGCAAAGAAUCCGACAAUUCUGCCCGUGACCACCAUACCACCAAGUUGA